AUGGACAUGCCUUUCGAUGUUAGUGAACCUCAAGUUGAAGGACACGACGGCUUUGCCAGAUUCUACUGGAAACAUGACGAACAAUUGCAUCCUUUGAGAAGGAAAAAAGGAAAAGGUGAAGACACACAUGCUCCCAUGGAAAGAACAAGAUAUGCAUAUGAAAAGUAUCGUGAAGUUAGAAGUCAAAUUACAUCUGGUCGAACCUUUACAGUAAACUUUGACGAAGGAAAGAACAAAGAAGGCUUCAUGGGAGUACUUGCUGCAAUUCAAGACGGAAAUAAGAAAGGACACAAUCUCAGAUUGACCAUAACAGAUUUGGAUGGUCACAUUUACUAUGCACAUGGCAAUGUCACAACAGCUGCAAUGGUUCUUGACGCUUUCAAGACUACAAAGAGAGAACAAAUGGUUGACUCCGACUCAGACAUUUUGAAUGCAAUUGAAGGAAUUGCAAGUGUCAAGUUCGAAUGGUACCAACCUAACCCUCAAGCAGUCAGACAACAUGCUGGAUACUUCCCCUUCAUAAAUAAGUCUGACAUUGACUUGACAAGGUAUGGAAUUUACAAUUCAAUUGAAACAAUUGUCAAUGAACCUUGCAUUCUUACAUGUCUCAGGAACUCUGGUCUUGUUACAGAUGAGAAGAUGAAGUAUCUUGAGUCAUGUGUGAAGACAAGGUACAUUCUCAGAGGUCAAUUGGCAAAAAUUGCACCGUUGGCAAAUGUCAAUAUCCGAGUCAACAUACCUACAGCUAAAGGUUCUUCACAUGACGACUAUGUUGUUGACAAAGACUUACCAUGGUUGAAGAUUGUAAUUGUCCACAACCACUUCAUGUUGAACGAAAGUCUUACAAACCCAUUCUUUGGUAAAAGUAAGUGCAACAUUGUCAGAGCUGUAAACAUUCUUUUCGAGAAAGGUUUGUUGGAACCAAUUCCAGAUGACAAGCUGACAGAAACUUUUGUACCAAAAGACGAAACAAACUUUUCAUUGUUAGCAAGACCAAAAGUUGUUCCAGACAAAGUUCUAGUACAAAAGAAGUACACAGUUCCACAAGGG